AAUGUCAUUAGGAUGGGCUGUAGUUUUGUUUAGUUGUGCGAUCGAACACAAAUUAAUGGAGGUUGUUUAUGCUUUUUAUUUUAACAUACGCAAACAGGAUUGGUUUAGUUAAAUUUUAAACGAAUAACCCCAUAAGGAAGAAUGUACUGUAUACCAAGUGUAUAAGGUUUUGUUGUGGCGCAUAUUUAUUUAAAAAGAGUAUUUUUUUCGGUCGUUAUUGAAGAUGGCUUCAUGUGCAGAGGUAGAGUCCUGUGUUAUGAAUGAAUCUCCUUCUAGUUCAUCAGCAGAAACCGCAGCCAAAAAGCAUGAAGAAAGACUAAAGAAGUUUAGGGAGUUGCACUUAAAGAGGAAUGAAGCUCGGAAACUGAACCAUCAAGAGGUGGCAGAAGAAGAUAGGAAACUAAAACUGCCAGCCAAUUGGGAAGCAAAAAAAUCACGACUGGAGUGGGAGCUGAAGGAAAAAGAGCGUAAACAGGCUUGUGAGGCCCAAGGUGAAGACUAUGAACGAGUGAAGCUUUUAGAAAUAAGUGCAGAGGAUGCCGAGAAAUGGGAGAGGAAGAAAAAGAAAAAGAACCCAGACCAGGGUUUUUCGGAUUAUGCAGCUGCACAGUUGCGACAGUAUCAGAGGCUGACGAAGCAAAUCAGACCCAAUUUGGAGGAAUAUGAAAAACAGCGAGAGGAUUGUGGAGAAGAGUUCUUCCCAACAGCUAACAGCCUUCUCCUUGGCACACAUGUCCCAACAAAAGAGGGAGUGGACAGGAUGGUUGCUGAUCUUGAGAAACAGAUUGAGAAACGAUCAAAGUACAGUAGAAGACGCAAGUACAAUGAUGACUCCGACAUUGACUACAUCAAUGAAAGAAAUGCUAAGUUUAACAAGAAGGCAGAAAGAUUCUACGGAAAAUACACGGCAGAGAUAAAGCAGAAUUUGGAGAGGGGAACAGCUGUCUGAUAUUUCAUUUGCAUCAUAUUAAAAGUGUUAACUCCAAAAUUUGUUUUUCAGUAAAAUUUUCUUUGAAUAUAAUUCUUCUAGAAAACUAGUGGGCUACAGUGAAUCAAAAAUAUGUUUUAUUUUAUUUUGUUUUAUUUUAUUCAUGUUUUCAGGUUUUACUGUGAUGUAGACAUAAACAUUUAUACUUUCAAGUUGCAUAGUGUUAUGACUAGCUAACUUACAUUUGGAUGAGCGUAAAUAAGAUGCAUUCAAAUGUCUCAGGUUGUAUUCCUCAAUGAGUAACUCCCAGAUUGUUUUCUAUAGGAAAUCACUGCCAAAGUGAUUUGCAUUUCUUUUGGGAAUUAGCAGCAUUUCAUUGUUGUGCUUUUCCUUUUUCUUCAAUUCUGUAGUGUUUAGUGUUUGUAUCUAUGAUUCAACAGGUUGCAGCUUUGACCGGUUUGUUUCUUGUGGUUGACACUGAGAGUAGUUUGUUUUUAAUGCUACAUAGAUAACCAUUAUGACCGGAAGUGACAGUUAUUUCCCAGGUGUUUAACUUACUGUAUGCAAGCAAGAUCUCAACACUACCACAAAGCCACCCCUGUCCUAGACUAUGUUAGCUUUGUUUUAUCGACAUCUAUGAUGAUGAAUUCCACUUCAGAGUGUUCUUCAAUAAAAUGGCUCAGUGUUACUAUGA